CAAAAAAGCUCAAACUUCCUCUUAAGCCACCAAGUGACAUGUACAUUGUGAGUGCAGGAUAUUUUAACAGAAGACACAGCAUUUCUGCUAAGCACUAAAGCGACAGCUUCCAAAUGUUCAACAAAACUAGAUCAAUGUCAUCACCUGUAAAGAUUAACAAUGAACUACCAAAGGUGGAAGAGUUGUACACUGGAUACAUGCACAAGUCCCCAAACCUUUCUGGUGUUACAAAAAGCAUGAAAACAUGGAGGCGACGUUUCUUUGUACUUUCCAAGAAGGGUGAAGACGACUAUCAGCUGGCAUACUACAGGGAUAAAAAGAGAGACAAGCUUUCCGGAGAAAUAGAUCUUAAAAAGAUCAGUUUGAUUUGUACUUCCCCUGAGAAACAUCAGAUAUGGGACUGGAUUCAGAAAACCUAUAAGUGUUCAUCAUCUUCGGUGCUGCUUCUGAGAGUGGAGGACCUUGAGCAAAAAUAUGCAAGAGACUAUUUCCUUGUUGGAGAAAACAGUGAGGAGGUGGAAAUCAUGCAUAAUGCAUUAUUGCGAGUUCUGAAUACCCUAACAUCAGAUAAUAAAGUGCGUGUAACAGAUGACAAUCUUCAACAGGACAGCAGAUUUAGAUCAAUAUCUGAGCCUAUACCCUGUCAAGAGCCGAAACAAACUGAUCGUCAGCUUUUUCGGCAGCCUGUACCUUUAUGCAUAUUCACUGACCAGCCAAUGUCAGCGAUGGCAUUGAAUGACAGUGAUGAUGAGGAUGAAGAUAUAGAAGAAAAGGGUGAAGAUAUAGAGGAACAGCAUGAAACUGCGGGAGACGACAGUGAAUACAUGACUAUGGGAACAGUCCAUAAGGUGUUAGAACAGAACCAAGUGGAAGGGGAUGGAUGCUUUCAGACAAAUACUUCCCAAGACUUGUAUACUGCUGCAGACAACCAGGAUACUGACAGUCCAGAAAAACAUAGAAAACAGAAAAGCAUGCACACUCUUCCACAAAUUAAUGGACAUUGUGCAUCUGCUGAGACUAAUAAGAGUGACACACUCAAACCUAUUAAGAAGGAGAUCUGCAUUAGCAAAAAUGAUCUUCAAAACAGUUUGAUCUUGACACAGAAAAAAGGAAAACCAUGUGUGUCUGAAUGUAAGCAGAUUGAGACCUCACAGUUGUUUCAUAAGGGGGAUCAGAUCCUGACCUUCAAUGACAUGGAAGUAGAGACAGUAGAUGAGAUACAGACAUACAUAAAAAGGCUUACAAAAGAUGAGGUAAAACUGACUAUUUUACGUCAUCCGGGAUCUGAGCCGUUUCACACUGAACCCUGUUCAUCACACUGAGGACAUGAAACAAAAUGAGACACUUCAUCAGUCGUUCAUUUAUUAAAAGUGUGCAUUGGCUCUCCAAUGAGUAGUUUGUUCUUGUAUAAUGAUUUCUAACAUGCUUGCUAACAAUUGAUCUGCAAUUGUGACUUUAGAGAAGCAUAAAGCAGGGCAUGUACAGUAGAUACCAAGUAAAAUAGGAAGCAAUCUGAUUAUAAGAAAGUACUCAGUCCUUUUCUGUAUGUACCGUAAUCGUUGAAAUGUGCAAUGCAAUAUAAAGUAAGAUGCGUUGAUCCUAAAAUGUUACUAAAAGACAGUAAUUAGUAACUUGAGACUACAAUACUGUAUGUAGAUAGGACUAUAUGUGAUUGGUGAUGGGAAUUUAGUGUUUAUUUCUGUAACCAUAAAGCACAAAAUACUGUAACGUAGACAAGUAUUAUAGUGACAUGCAUGAAUGUCAAUCUACUGUGAAAAUCUAUUUUAAUUUCUUUCACUUUUUAAGGAGUACACUGGUGCAAUUUUAUGUAAUACAACUUUGUCAUUCUGUAUUUUGUUUAACACAAAAUGUAACCAAUGACAUACUGCCCUUGAUAAUUGCAUUUUUACUAAUUUUAUAUUUAUUCAUGUGCAGUUAUAUUGUGUUAUUAAACUUUUAUAACACUAAAUAUUUAAAUGUGUGUUUCACUAAAAUGAACGAAGAAAGUCAAAAACUUUUCAUUAAAAUAUCUUUACACACAAAUUUCUUUCUGAUUAGUUUAUUAUUAUUAUUAUUAUUAUUAUUAUUAUUAAAACAACUUAUUGUAACAUGCGAAUCAAAUCAAACAAGUUCACGAAUCAAUGAGCUUAGUGAUUACCCGAAAGCUCUAUGUUCUCAUAACCAGAAAUAAAAAACACCUGAUAUGGUCAUGCUGAUCAUAAAUGUAGUACAGUUAUAAUGUAGUG